AUGGACCUCAAUACCCUCUCAGCCAACUGGAGGAAACUACAGGCAAAGCUCAAGGCCUCCACCAGCGGGAUCUCUCCCAGACAGACCUCAUCCCACCAUGGCGUAAAGCGCAAGCAGGAUCACCGUCAGCGUACUUCGCGGGAGUCUCUUGCGGAGGCCUCGAAACCUAGGAAACGGCUGCGCGCUGGCAAGAGCAUGGCUCAGAAUCGCAACAACUCUAUCGAAAAGGUGUCGGUCAAGGAAGCCGAGAACAAUGAGAAUGUGCAGAGACCCAGACUUGCUCCUCUCGCUGCUUCAGACAAGGUCAAUGCUGGACUGUCAGCCGAGGUAGAAAUCGGCAGAUACGUCGCCCUGGAUUGCGAGAUGGUUGGAGUCGGGCCUAACCCCGACCGAGAGUCCGCCCUCGCCCGCGUUAGCAUUGUGAACUAUAACGGGGAUCAAGUCUACGACUCCUACGUUCUUCCACUGGAACCGGUGACCGACUACAGGACACAUGUUAGCGGGAUAUCAGCAAAACACAUCGAGGUUGCCAGGCCGUUGAAAGAGGUGCAAGCGGACGUGGUGAAGAUCCUCCAGGACAGAGUUCUCAUCGGUCACUCCAUAAGACACGAUCUAGCGGCAUUGAUGUUGAGCCACCCGCAGCGAGAUGUUCGUGACACUUCUCGCCACCCGCCCUACAGGAAGAUUGCCGGAGGCAGCUAUCCGAAGCUGAAGAUCCUCGCAUCAGAACUGUUGGGUACGGAGAUCCAAGACGGUGAGCACUCAAGCGUCGAAGAUGCUCGAGCCUGCAUGAUGCUCUUCCGGAAAGACAAAGCUGCGUUUGAACGAGAACAUUCCAAGAGAUGGCCCACACCACAGGCACCGACUCAGACACAGCAGGAGGCUGAAGCACCGACAAAGCCUCGUAAGCAUAAGAAAAAGAAAAAGAAGCACUAG